AUGAAUCAGGUCGAGGCAAAAAUACAACUUCAAACAACCUGUUGUUGUCCUGCACAAUUUAAUUCUACCAUUGUAUUGAGUGGUGGUGGUGAAAAAGAUGUGCAUGUUGUAAAUCCAUCACACGAUUUGAUAUUUAGCUAUUCUACUUAUGAAGCUCUUUCAUUGCCAACUUAUGAAUGGAAAUCCACUGAUAUUGAUUUGAGUGGUUUGGCUUGUAAUAGAAGUUUCCUUAUAAUUCCCAAGACUAAACUUAUGCUAUUUGAAAAACAAUUAACUGUUCAAUUGAUCAUUAGAGAAGGUUGCUCAAAGAUCUCUAAUCCUUCAAUUUCCUUCACUUUGAAUACACCUCCAAGUGUUGGAACCUUGUCAAUUACUCCAAGCAGUGGUGUUGCUUUGGAAACUGUUUUCACCUUGACAUGUAACGGUUCUUCAGUUUCUAAUAAUCCUCUUACCUACAGAUUCUUUUACUUGGACGAAUCCAAUUCAGUAUGGAAGCCACUAAACGAAAGAAAUCAAGAUUCAACUCUCAGUUCCACUCUCCCUCUUGGAUCCAAUUCAAGCAGCACACAAGUUUUGAAUAUCAAGGUUAUUGUUUAUGAUUCUGUACUUGUUUCCUCUGAAAAGCAAAUGACUGUCAUUGUCUACAAACCUUCCUCAAUCAGCAAUACUACACUGUCUGACAUGUUACAAAAGGCCAGCUCCAAAUCAGUUUCGUCCUCCUAUAUUUCAUCCACUUUGGAUGCAAUUACAUUUUUUAUUGCAUCAUCCACCAAUGUCCCUAGCAAUAUGAAACAAAUUAUGAGUGCAAUCAAUGCAGUUGUCGUUUCCUAUGUUGAUACUCUUCAAAAUAUUGGUCAAUUCACAUCUGAUAAUGGUAUUUCCACUGUUUCUGCCAUCUCUUCAAUCAGCUCAUGUGUGGAAUAUGUUCAAGAUGCAGAAAGUACAUCUUCUAUCAUUAAGAAAUUGAGAAAUUUGACAGAGGAAGCAGCAACUAGCAGUUCUUUCACCUUGGAUGAUGAUUAUUUGUAUCUCAUACAAAAGACAGCAAACAAAUUCCUUCUCCAUGUAAAAUCAUCCAAUGAUUUAAAAGAAAUUGAAAAUAUUUACCCAUUAGUUGGUAAAUCUUUCAUGAAAAAGUCUGUUCCAGAUAUGCCAGCAAUUACCUUUUCUAAUACCAUUCAAAUAUGUUAUUGGAGAAAGGUAUUGGUUUCAUCCUUGACAAGCAUUGUUGGAGAAUCCAUUGAUAAUAACGGAAAUAAGAUUUCAAUACAAUCUGGAUUAGCAACACACCCGUCAGUUUCACAAUUGAACUACAUUACAUUAGCUUUGAAAACUGAAUCCCCUACCGACAGGUUAAUCUUUGACUUUUCAAUACUUGAAUUUGAUAAUGUCUCAUCAGAUAAGAGCCUCAUAUCAGUAUUCUUUGAUACCACUUUUCCUUUCUACUAUUGUUCCUAUUGGGAUAAUGCAUGGAAUCAGACAGUGGCUGGAGGUGCUUGUAAUAUUAAUUACUCAGGAAAAAGUUCAAUUGGCACCAUCUCUGCAUCAAUUGAAAAGACUGGUCGAUUUUCCAUUAUCCGUGAUCCAGGAGAGGGAGGAGAGAGCUUUAUCAGGAAUAAUUAUGAUUUGUUUGCCCUAUUUGCAUUGUUGAUUAUUCCAAUUGUGUGCAUAAUUAUUGUAUUAUUGGUGGCCAUUUACUUGUUGAGAAAGAGAAAGAUCAAAACCAACUUGGAAAAUAAUGAUGUUGAUAUUGUGAAUGUGCGUGAACCUAAACAAACACUUAUCAGUAAUCAACACUUUUAA